GUGGCUCAAGCCCUGAAUGACCGGGCCCGAUCGAUCUGGGCGCUGGACGCGAUCCGAAUGCGUGAUCUGCGACAGGGCUGCAGUGUAUGCAGUGCUGCCCACGUCGAGCUCGAAAGGCCGAGAGGCCCAUGAGUUUCGACGCAGAGAUUCGCGAUGGUGCCGGCGGCACCGCCAAGAACCGUGAUGACAGCUGCGGGAUUGGUGCCUCCUCCAUAUCCACGGAGCUUGAGGAGCGAAGUGUGGAGUCGGAUCAAUCACCACAGCCGCGCUUUGAGUCUCGCCCAUUGAGCGACGAAGAGCGGAGGCAAGCUUGGCAGAAUGCCAACUUUUUCGAUGCCACGGAGCAGGCGCAGCCUCUAGCUCUGUGGAUCCUCGGCCCGUCCUCAGUGGGCAAGUCCACCAUAACGGUAGAUGCGGCCCCCAUGUACAGCAUCCCCCGCUGCCCCACAUCCGAUGAUCGGAGGCGCCAACUCGAUGCUGUCACCAUCGACGGCGAGUUCAUGCGGGACGCCCACGGGCUAUGGAAAGAGUGGGUCCAAACCGAUGAUUGGCGCUCAGCCUACCCAGCGCUGAAAGCCGUCAUCAACAAAGAGAAGGAUGACGGGAUGUGUCUCGAGGCAGUGCGGCGCCGGAAGAACUUGAUUAUCCCUCAGACUGCCCUCAAGUUGCCUAAGGCAAUGUCAGAGAUGGAGGACAUGAUGAAAAGCGGUUAUACAGUUCACGUCCUUGCAGUUGUUGCGCCGCUGGCUGAAUGCCAAAGGAGGGGGCGAAAGCGGGAGCAGCAAACUGGGAAGCGGUACCAGCCUUCGGAGUUCCAGAAAUCAAUCGAUGCUAUCCCUGCACUGGUUGCCAUCAGCAACGGGAAGUACGCCAUUGUUCGUGCGCUCGAGCGCGAGGGCGCCUCCCAUGGCAUGGACUUCGAGCUGCUGCGCGAGGGCUACGGCGGCGCAGCCGCAAGUGGCUUGAGCGCACCUACAGCGCCGCUGCCAGAGAUGAUUGAGGCGGUCAUCAGCAAGGCGGUGGAACCAGCUGCCUGUGAUUAAGCAAAGGCGGCAUUUUUCCAAGGGUUUCACACCUGAAUUAGAAUCUGCCAAGGACGCAUGUUCCUUGUCGUCAGGAAAGGUACAGAGAAAUCCACUGAUCAUAGAUCAGGAUAUAUGC